AUGUCAAACGAAGAAAAACGUCAAAAUAGCCAACAUAGUCUAUCGAAGGGGCCAACAAAUAUGGAACCUCCCAAGAUAGUGUUACCUAACAAUCCUAUAAAAUCCACACAGAUACUAGAUGAUGAUUCGGGGUCACUCAAUGAUGACCUGUUGAGCGUCCAUGAAAGUGCAACCGCGUUGAGACGACCCAGUAUGGAUUCUAUGUCCAUUAGGAAAAGUUUUGAAUCUUCAAGGGUUGGUAGAAACAAUUAUAUCUCCUCAUUUAGUUUUGAUAGAGGUGGACAUAGUGGAUCUAUGGAUUAUUCACCUUUGGGGAACAAUGCGAUCUUUGAAGUUGUUAUGAAUACAAGAAGGAAGAACUGGUUGAGUUAUCCCACUACUCUAGAUAUACCCCCAGUCACCUUAAGUAAAAAUGAAAUAGAUACCAAUUGGAAGAAAGAUAUUGGGAACUACGUUGAAAAUAUUAAGAACGAGUACGAAAUAUUUCAAAAUGCUAAUAAUCUGAGAAAUAUGAAUCGUCUGGAACAAUUAAAGAGGAUGAAAAGUUAUAGUCACACUGGCGAUUCUACGACAUCCGUUGAUGUUCCAGAAAAUUCUGAUAGUGAUGAGAGUUAUAGAAAUGACAACGAUAUAAAAGAAAUAAAUCAAGUGCCGGACUUCUUUUUUGAGAAGCAGUUUCAACUGGAUAAUCAGCGAACUUUUCAUCGUGUUUUAGGGGACAUUGAUCUUAGAUUAACCUCAUUAACGACUGAUGACCAAAAGAAGAGGGAUGAAGCCAAUUUGGAACUAAGAGAUAAAUUGAGUGACUAUUUAGAUGCCGUCGAGAAUCUACUUGUUACAGAAAUUUCAAAAUCUUCUCACAAAUUCUUCCAUGCGUUAAGCGAAGUGGAUGAAAUACAAGAAAGAGCAAGUCAUACGGUUUCUGAACUAGAUGAAUUAGUGAAACUUUUAGAAUUCACAGACAAGGAAAAAAUACAGAAGAAACUUGAUAAUAUCCAGCUACUUUUCAAAAGGAAAAAUAUUGAGAAACUAGAGCAAGGUUUAUUACAAGUGAAGCUUAUUUUGAAUAAGACAACUGAAUGUAGGAAAGUGUACGAGGAUGAAAAAUUUAAUGAAUGUUUAAACAUGAUAAAAUCAAUUGAUUAUCUAAUCAAGGGUGAUGAUUCAAUGGACUCAACAGUUCAGGAAUGGACAAGUAAUUGGCCAUAUAAACUUGUCCAUCUUAAAACAUUACCGGCGUUAUCUGAGACUCGAGAAUUUUUAACGAACAUGAAAAUUGAAAUCGGGGGCAAAUAUUCUAUACAACUAGCAGAUGAUUUACUCAGUGACUUGAGAGAUUUCUGCAAAAACAAGAAUACACAGCAGACCAUAGUAAGGUUACAGUGUGGAACAUCAGACAAAAGUUCUUUAAAAUUCGAAGAGAAAUUUCAAAAUUCAAUAAAGACCCUAAUACAUGAACUAAAUCGAUGUGAAGAGUUGGCUAGUUCUUUUAAACUGUAUCAAGAUAAAUUUAUUGUAGAACUCAAAUCUAUUAUUAAAAACUAUUUGCCACAUGAACCGCAUCAUCUACCCGCUACAGAAUCAUCUCAAGAUUUGGUACAAAACCAAAAACCAUCAAGUAGUGGAUCUAAACUAUCAAGGUUAAUUAAGGAACAAACCCCUAUGGAAUUUCAAGAUAUGAUCAUGAAUAUAUUUACACAGACUAGUGAAGCGUUGAGGAGACUUUAUGGCCAUCAAAAACUUUUACUGGAUAUAUCGUUAAGUGAAAUUGCAUCAAUUGAUAGUUCUUCUGAAAAUCAGCAUAAUAUGAUCACACAACUAGAUAUCCGUGGUGGUAUUAAUGAAGCAAUUAGAAUUAUCCAAUUAAGAAUGGGUAAGAUCAUCGCUGUUAGAAGAGAAAUGACGUCUACUCUAAGAGCAGAUCAUUUUUUGAAACUCUAUUCCAUUUGUGUGUUAUUUAUUCAGGAAUGUGAAACAUUAAGUGGGGAAUUUUUAACCAAAUAUUUAAGUGAUGUAUUAGCUGCACAACUAAAGAAUUAUAUUUCAGGAGGUGAAUCAAGGAACAUAAGAACGAUACAAAAGAAAAUUGAAAUUGAAAAAUGGACACCAUUUAUAGUCGAAUCAUCAGUGCAGAGAGAUGUUAAUGAUAUUGUAUCAAGCAUAGAUUUAGAUCCAAUAAAUUGGACAGCCGUGCUAGAUUUAACCCAGGAAACUGAGACUGAUUUUGAAGAAAAUGGAGUCGCAACGGAUGGGAACCCACCAGGUCACAGGAAAUCAGUAGUGGUUGGUGAUAAAACAUUUGUUGCUAGUGCCUCUCUAAUAACUACAAUUGAAAUAAUAAAGGAGCUGCUAGUUCUGUCUGUCAAUAUCCCACCCAUGUAUCUACCCAGCUGUGAAAGAUCAUGUUUCAGUGCCAUGAAAUACUUCAACACUGCCACUAUGGCCUCUGUCAUGGAUGGUGGUCGGCCACUGUCCAAAUCAGGUAAGAAUCUUUCCAUAAUGGGGGAAUCAUUGGAUUGUAUGGCCGAAUUUGUCGGUAUAGCCCAAAGAUUUUUCCAAAGACUUUCAGAUUCAUAUAAGGACUUUAUUCCUUACGAACCCAGCAACUACGCUCAAUUAUUAUCAUUAUAUCAGAGUUCAUCGGACAGAUUAUACCAAGCACAUGCUCCACCACCACCUGUAUAA